UCAGUAUUGCCAACAUAUCGAUGUUAGCCUGCUGAACUAACUGGGUUUCAGCCACUGAAAUAGAGAUAUACAGCUUUCAAAUAUUUGAGGUUAUAACGAAACUAGUGGUUCGGGGUACGUGGGUAAAAUAUAGAGGAACUCCAGCUUCACCGCACUUUGAUAGAGAAUAAGUUUAUUGAACUCGAAAGUAUAUCGGGGGCUGGAAAACAAAGCCUGGCAAUCAUAUUUUGUAUGAAAGUGUAUCUGAAGUGAUUUUUAUCGAUAAUGUUAGUUUUUAGUACAAUUCCGAUCCGAACAAUGCGGGAGUAUGGUAUGGCCGAUCUGGCCGUUUGACAAAUAUUUUUUCUCUAUUCGGAAUGUUGUGGUGAAUAAACGGGUUAAAAUGGUUAAAGAAAAACUUGAUUCCAUUCGUAUCUACGAUUCGGAGGGUUACAGGAGGCGAGCGGCUUGUAUCUGUGUGAAGAAUGACCUCGAGGAUGAGAGACCAGUAUUAGCAAGGAGAUUGGGUCUUGGUAUUCAGGUACUAUUGGUGACGUCCAGCCGAAGGCCUGAUAAUUGGAUAGUACCAGGAGGUGGUGUAGAACCUGAAGAAGAACCAGCUGUAACAGCUCUCCGGGAAGUCAAAGAGGAAGCUGGUGUUCUGGGACACUUAGGCAGGUGCCUUGGAAUUUUUGAGAACGUGGAGCACAAGCACAGGACGCAAGUAUGGGUAAUGCGGGUGACGGAAGAACUACCAGAGUGGGAAGAUUCUCGAGCUAUUGGAAGGAAGCGCAAAUGGUUCCCAGUCUCAGAGGCCCUAGUCCAGCUGGCUCAGCAUAAGCCUGUUCAACGCUCCUACCUGCACAGUCUUCACAAUACGAAUCCUCACCACAACAAUACCAAUUCUCCACAUCAUCAGCAUACAGCCUCUAUCCAAUUGAUGAAUAACUCCACGAUCAAUCCGCAUAUUAACAAGCACAGCUAAUACCAAUCAUUAUACCCAAUCACCACCCAAAUUCCAAUCAAUUUCUAUGCUCUUACAUACUUUGUUGAUUCUUUAACAGAACGAUAAUAACUACUACCUACUGGGUUUUAUACAUUAAUCUAUAAUAAUUACUUAUUAUUAUUAAUAUAGAUUGCUAAUAAACUGUUCCGCAAGGGAAUUACACAGUUC